AUGAAAGCACAGCGCAAUUUGGCUCAGGCGGGCCGACGCGGAGGCCGUGGUCAUUACGAGAUGGACUCAAAACAGCACAAGCCGCUGAAGAUAAUUGCGCUGUCGGCCUUCUUGCUGGCGCAAAUGGACUGCGCCGCGCCUAUGAUCCACUCGCUCAAGAAUAUCGUGACUGCGUCGUUUCAAAUUCCAAACUUCCCAGAGUAUUUGAGCACGGGCUACGUUGACGGCAUUCAGAUUUUACAAUACGACAGCAAGAGCAGGAAAUUGGUAGCAAAACAGGAGUGGAUGAAGAAAAUCAUAGCAGAGGACCCACGCUACUGGGAGAGACAGACAGAAAUCAAUAUUGAUAAUCAGCAGGCCAACAACGUCAGCAUUCAAAUUCUUCAAGAGCGCUUCAACAAAACGGGAGGUCUUCACAUGAUUCAGUGGAUGUCUGGUUGCCAAUGGGACGAUGAGACCGACCAGGUCGAUGGUUGGACUCACUACGCUUACGACGGAGAAGACUUCAUAUGGUUUGAUUUGAAGGGAAUGAGAUGGAUCGCCGUCCACCCGCGGGCUGUCAUCACCAAAAACAAGUGGGACCGAGAAGAGGGCUAUAAUGAAUUCUUGAAGUUUUACGCAACUGAGGACUGCCCUUCUUACUUGAAGAAGUACCUGAGCUUUGGGAGGGACGUCCUGAGGAGAACAGAGCUCCCACGGGUGUCCCUGCUGCAGAAGACGGCGGGAUGGCCGGUCACCUGCCACGCUACCGGUUUCUACCCAAGGGCGGCCGUCCUCUUCUGGAGGAAGGAUGGCGAGCGGCUCGACGAGAACGUGGAGAUGAACGAGAUCCUUCCCAACCACGACGGGACCUUCCAGACCAGCGCUCGCCUCGUAACGGUGGACGAGCGCGCUCGCUACGAGUGCGUCUUCCAGCUGGACGGUGUGCCGGAGGACGUCGUCACCCCGCUGUACCUCGCCAAGGUGUUGAGCAACGAGCGCAUAGAAGAGCGACAAAGGAGGAGGACGGUGGACAUCACCAUCCCUUUGGUCCUCCUUUUUCUUGCUGUCGCUGUCUUGGUCUUCAAGUACAAGAAGCACGUGCUAUCUGUCCAGAAAGUGGAGUCUGCCAAUUCCAUUUGCAGCUCCUUCCUCAACACUGUGUCCACUCUGCUCGCCAUUGUUGCAGCUGUCAACUCCAUGCGAGGGAUUGUGGAUGGCUUUAAUGGAGCCACUCUCGCUUUCCCCAUGACGAAUACACAGUGUGCCUGGUCGUGA